AGUUGAAGUCUUGACUUGCAAAAUGAGAAAACUAUUUUGGGAAAGCGUCCUGUUUUCUAGACUGUGUAGCUUAGAACAGUGUUAACACUGAGGUAGCUGCUAAUUUUUAUGCCUCUUUUACCAAGAAAUUAAAAUAAUAUUAUCAUUUAUUCAGCAUCAGGGUAUAACAGAGGAUUUCAAAAUCCCCUGAAAACUUUUUACCAUGUAUCUACACGAAGUCCCUUCAGAGGUGGGAAGGGAUCAUUGCUCCCAUUUUUACAUAUGGAUUAACAGAGGCGAAGAAAGAUCAAAGCAACUUCCUAUGCUUUAAAUUAAUAAAGUAUAAAAUGUUGACAUUUAGGAAAUCUAGGGGAAGGUUGGAGUCCUGAUUGCACAGUGGUUAAGAGCUCAAUUGCUAACCAAAAGUUCAGCAGUUUGAAUUCACCACCUGUCCCUUGGAAACCCUAUGGGGCAGUUCUGCCUGUCCUGUAGGGUCGCUAUGAGUCAGAAUUGACUUGAUGGCAACGGGGCUUUUUUUUAGGUGAAGGUUACAUGGGAAUUCUCUAUUAAUUUUGCAACAUUUUUUAUGUAAGUUUGAAAUUAUUUCAAGAUAAAAGGUAAAAUAAAAAUAUUAACAAAGCAGAGAAAAGCGACGGUUAGUAAGACAGAAAUCCAAUAAAACCUACUCUCCAGCAUUUACUUGAUUGCUUUUCAAUCUCUGAGGAUACACUGGUUUCUGCUUCCAGAUCCAUAAAUCACAUCAUUGAAGAGAGGUAGCUGUGAAUGCUGCUAACGUCAGGGGGUUUCCUCUCCUGUGUCUCCCCAGGCGCAGUGAACCUGCAGGCCGACCUCACUCUUGGCAUUCAACCAAAUUAGGGGAGAACCAACUCGAUGCCAGCAUGAUGCAAAUAUCCCAGGGCACGAUUGGCACUCCUUGGCACCAAAGCUACCAUUCCAGCUCCUCUACAAGUGACCUCUCCAACUAUGACCAUAUGUAUCUAAGGCGGAGCCCUGACCAGUGCAGCUCCGAGGGGAGCAUGGACAGCCUGGAGCCCAGUACGGGAUACCCACCCUGCCAUCUUCUUUCCCCUGCCAAGUCAACCAGCAGCAUUGACCAGCUCAGCCACCUCCAUAACAAGAGAGACUCUGCUUACAGCUCCUUCUCCACCAGUUCUAGUAUCCUAGAGUAUCCGCCUCCUGGCAUCCCUGGUCGGGAACGUUCAGGCUCCAUGGAUACUUCCGCUCGAGGUGGCCUCCUGGAAGGGAUGAGGCAGGCAGACAUUCGCUAUGUCAAGACAGUCUAUGAUACUCGGAGGGGAGUCUCAGAAGAGUAUGAGGUAAACUCUUCAGCCCUGCUUCUUCAAGGUAGGGAGGCCCGAGCAUCAGCAGAAGGUCAGAGCUAUGAUAAAUGGCAUAAUGUUCCACGGGGCAAGGGAGUGCCACUUCCAUCCUGGAACCAGCAGUGCCCCAGUUCCUUGGAGACUGCCGCUGACAACCCACCUCCUAAGGUGGGUGUACCCCUUCCCCCAGUUCGGAGCGACAGUUAUGCAGCCAUCCGGCACCGUGAUCGGCCCAACUCCUGGUCUAGCCUUGAUCAGAAACGGUUCUGCCGGCCUCAGGCAAACUCAUCAGGUUCCCUUAAGUCUCCAUUCAUAGAGGAACAGCUACAUACUGUACUAGAGAAGAGUCCAGAGAGCAGCCCCCCAGUGAAGCCCAGGCGUAAUUAUACCCAGAAGGCACAACCAGGCCAACCUCUGCUCCCAACUGGCAUCUACCCUGUACCUUCUGUGGAACCACACUUUGCCCAGGUGCCCCAGCCUUCCAGGAACAGUAAUGGUAUGCUGUACCCUGCACUGGCCAAGGAGAGUGGAUAUACAGCCCCUCAGGCAGCUUGUGAUAAGAUGGCUACCUUUGAUGAGAAUGGGAACCAAAAUGGCUCUAGCAGGCCUGGGUUUGCCUUCUUCCAGCCCCUAGAACAUGACUCACUGUCCCCAGUGGAGAGGAAACCAGAAACUACAGCCAAGUUGGUACCCUACAAAGUCCAUUUCCCAUCAGUGCCUGAAAAUGAGGAGGAUACCUCCCCGAGAAGACAUCUCACAUCUUCCCAAGGCAACAGCCCACAUUCCAACGAGAGAAAGAACACCCACAGCAACAAACCAUAUUCUAAUCACCACAGCCUUAAACCCCCUCAGGCUCUGGCCUGGCAAGUGGAAGACAGGUCUUCCAGGCCCUCAGAGCCCUGGGAGGCAGAUUUCCAGGAAGACCACAAUGCCAACUUCCAGAGGAGGCAGGAGAGAGAAGGCCUAGGCCAGAGCCUGUCAAGAAACUUUGGCAAGACCAAGUCAGACUUCUCAUCUCUCCAGAACAUUCCAGAAAGUCUAAGAAGGCAAAGCAGCCUAGAGCUAGGAGGAGGAUCUCAGGAAGGCUACCCAGAUGGCAAAACAGCCACUAUAGUCAACACCAAGGCUGAGGACCCUGGAAGGAAAGUCAGUCCUGACCACAGGAACCAUCUGGACAGGCCAGUUUCCUAUCCAAGACCAGAGGGGAGAAAUAGCGUUUCAGCCUCUUUCCACAGUUCAGACCCAAGGUACGAAGAGCCCUCCUCCCCACCACACCAGCAGGCAUCCUGUCUGGGCCGAAGGAGGCUCAGCUUAGGCAUCGCCUCAGCUCUGCAGGGCUUUCAGCAUGGGAAGCCCCACAGCUCCGUGCUGGAGAAGAUUUCCAAAAUUGAGCAGCGAGAGCAAGGGACCCAGAAAUCCUCAAGUGCAGGCUGCUCCAGUUAUGGCCAUACCUAUAGGCCCAAUAGGACGGCCUCAACUUCCAGUAUUUCUGGGAACGAAUUUGAGGAGGCAAGAGCCAAUAUCUGUUUUUCUGAAUCCACUGAGCCUCUAAGCAAUGGGGAGCAGCACUUCAAAAAGGGAGAGCCCAAGUUGGAAGAGGUUUCCAGGCAGCCGUGUGGGCAACAGCCAAGGAGGGGUGCAGAUGGCAAUCGAGGUCCCCCACUCCGAGGAGGUGAGCCCCCUACACGGGAGGCUCGCCUCCUCCGCAGCCAAAGCACCUUUCAGCUCUUCACCGAGGCCGAGAAUGUGGCUUUGUGGCCAGAUAACAGGCCUGCCACUCCUGAGUCGCCCCUGUUGGACGCUCCCUUCAGCCGCGCCUACCGGAACAGCAUCAAGGACGCACAGUCCCGCGUCCUGGGGGCCACCUCCUUUCGUCGGAAGGACCUCGAACUGGGGGCGCCCGGGGGAUCCAGGCCCUGGAGGCCCCGGCCCGCCUCGGCCCAUGUGGGGUUGCGGAGUCCCGAGGCAUCAGUGGUGGCCUCCCCGUCCCCACACACGCCCCGUGAGCGGCACAGCGUGACCCCGGCGGAGGGUGAACCGGCCCAGCCAGCACCCCCCACUGCUCGGAGAGGGGCACGUCGGCGCCUGACCCCCGAGCAGAAGAAGCGUUCCUACUCCGAGCCGGAAAAGAUGAACGAGGUGGGGGUCUCUGAGGAGGCCGAGCCAGUGCCCAUGGGUUCGCAGAGGAAGGGGGUGCGUUUUCCGGAAACCACCGUGGCCGACCGCCGCCGGAUCUUCGAGCGCGACGGGAAGGCGUGCUCGACGCUCAGCCUGUCAGGCCCGGAGCUGAAGCAGUUCCAGCAGAGCGCCCUGGCCGACUACAUUCAGCGCAAGACCGGCAGGCGGCCCUCGUCCGGCUUCCAGGAGCCGGGAGCUCUGCGGGAGCGCGCCCAGAGCGCCUAUCUCCAGGCCGGCCCCGCGGCGCCCGAAGGCCCCGGCCUCGCUGCGGCCUCCAGCUUUAGCUCACUGAGGGAGCCGAGCCUGCAGCCCCGCAGGGAGGCCUCCCUCCUGCUGGCCACGGCCCCCAUAGCUGGGGGGGACCCCCCGCGGGCCCCUCGGGAUCGCAGCAGUUCUUUUGGCUGCGGCCGCCGCCUCUGGGAACAUCGGCUCGGUGACCACCAGGCCUUAAGGGAGCCGGUCAAGGCUGAGCUGCUUGGUGGAGCCAACUGCGGGCCUCGGGGCCCCCAGAGGGUGGACAGGACCCCUGGGGAGCCAUCCUCCUGGGGAACCCCAGCCGGGAGGACCGGGAAGUCCAAGUCAGCCGAGGACCUGCUGGAGCGCUCAGACGUCCUGGCCGUCCCUGUCCACGUGCGGUCUAGGUCAUCUCCCACUGCAGACAAAAAGCACCAGGAUAUGCUUUUAGGGGACAGCAGUAGCUUUGGUAUUCUUGUGAAGGAUCCACGCUCCUUGGCUGGCCCUGGAUCUAGGUCACUCAGUUGUUCCGAAAGAGGGCAUGAAGAGGGGCCGUCAUUCAUACACCAUCCUAGCCCUCGUUGGAGUGGUGGAGGCUGCAGAGCAAUUGGUGGCCCCUCAGUUCCCAGCGAAUGUCCUGGAACCCUGGAUCCUCAGAGACUAGCCAGCAGGACACCUUGCCCCAGGCCAUUGCCAGCAGGAAUGCCAGGCCAUCUCACAGACACCAGGAUGGGACCACUGACCCCAGUCAGCUCUUCUGUGCCUUGCACCGUGCCCUCCAUCUACUGCUCACAGGCCGCGGCCGACCAACUGGCUGGGAAGGACAGUCAGGCAGGGCGACGGCCUCUUUCCCCCUGCACCCCUGCAAUAACCCCCAGAAGCAACGGUCCCAGCCUGACCCAGCCUCCAAGUCCCAGAUGCCCUGAAUCCAGCAGCGCAGAGAAUGGUAUAGAGGAGGGGAUGAGGAAGUUGUCAGUGCCUCAGAGGCCUCCUCCCCUUCGAGUGAAAUGGGCCUACGUAGUCCGAGAGAACAGCCUUCCUGAGGAAUCCUUGUCGCGGGAGCUUGUAAACCUGAAGCACUAUAAAAAACAGCAGAGUGUUCCAAGUUCAAGCAGCACUUCUGACACAGACAUGCCUGUCGGGGCCCCAAGCAGUCCAGGGAGGAUCUCCCUCCGAAUAUCUGAGUCAGCCCUGCAGGCCUCCCCACCACCUCGGGAGGAUUAUGACGAUGAAGUGUUUGUGAAGGACUUGAAGCCCAUUGUCACUUCCAGCCCCACAUUUGAAGCUCUUCCCCCACCCCCACCUCCUCCAAUGAGCCUGGAAUCCCCGGUGAAUAGCUUGGAUGACUUUCCUCCACCCCCUCCCCAAGCUGUGUUUGAGACACAGCUGGACAGCGAAGCUUAUGGGGAUCCCCACACCAGCUCCUCUAGCAAAUUUUCCAAGGUGUUGACUGUAAGAGAAAGACCAGUGCCUGGUGCAGCCCAUUUGGUGGAUAGUCAGAUCCUGACUUCUAGACCCCAAGCUUCUAUCAAGGCUUCAGAGGCCAACGAGGCCAACCCGGCCUCCAUCAUGGGUGACCAGCUCCAGCUGGCUGGGUCUCUUGGCAAGCAGCCAAGUCCGGGGCAGCCACCUCUCAUCCAGACCCAAAGCCUCAUCUGCGAUCCAGUUAGUGGAACUCAGGGUUUAGAAAAGAAAGUCAGUGCUGGUCCCCAGAAGACCUCUGAGGACAUCAGAACAGAGGCUCUAGCCAAGGAAAUUGUCCACCAAGACAAAUCUCUGGCAGACAUUUUGGAUCCAGACUCCAGAAUGAUGACAACUAUGGACCUGAUGGAAGGUUUGUUUCCCCGAGAUGUUAACUUGAUGAAGGAAAAUGGCAUAAAGAGGAAAGCUGUGGAGAGAGCUAUCAGCUGCCCAGGAUGCGAAGACAAGAGGAGUGAAGAAAAGGAAGCAGUGGGCAUGUUGGUGAACUGUCCUGCUUACUACAGUGUGUCUGCCCCCAAGGCUGAGCUUCUGAACAAAAUCAAAGAUAUGCCAGAAGAGGUGAAUGAGGAAGAGGAGCAGGCAGAUGUCAAUGAAAAGAAGGCGGAGCUCAUUGGAAGCCUCACCCACAAGCUUGAGACCCUCCAGGAAGCGAAAGGGGGUCUGCUGAUGGACAUCAAGCUCAAUAACGCUUUGGGGGAGGAGGUGGAGGCUUUGAUCCGUGAGCUCUGCAAGCCCAAUGAGUUUGACAAGUACAAGAUGUUCAUAGGGGACUUGGACAAAGUGGUGAACCUGCUGCUCUCCCUUUCGGGGCGCCUGGCCCGUGUUGAGAACGUCCUUAGUGGCCUUGGGGAAGAUGCCAGUAAUGAAGAACGGAGCUCUCUCAACGAGAAGAGGAAGGUCCUGGCUGGGCAGCACGAGGAUGCCCGGGAGCUCAAGGAGAACCUCGAUCGAAGAGAACGGGUGGUGCUGGACAUCCUGGCCAAUUACCUUUCAGAGGAGCAACUCCAGGACUACCAGCAUUUUGUGAAAAUGAAGUCAACACUCCUCAUUGAGCAGCGAAAGCUGGAUGACAGGAUCAAACUGGGCCAGGAGCAGGUCAAGUGUCUGCUGGAGAGCCUUCCCUCGGAUUUCAUUCCCAGGGCAGGGGCCCUGGCAUUGCCCCCAAACCUUGCAAGUGAAACUGCUCCUGCUGGAGGAUGUACUUUCAGUAGUAUUUAUCCAGCAUUAACCUCUCCACUUUAACCUCCUCUAAAACACCCAACCAAAAGAUCGCCUUUUCUUCUCCACACUAUUUAAUCUGAAAAAUAUUUCAGUACAAACCAUCGUUUAAACUUUAUGGGUUAUUGGGGUUUUUCUGGAUGAAAGGAAACAAAUUCUGUCCAGGAAAAAGCCUGUAUUUUCUGUCUUUCCCUUCAUUAUUGAUCCUCUGAGAGCUCAAAUGCUGCUGGGAACUUACCCCUUUCUGUUAUUACUUUGGAGUAGAAAGAACAUUAAUGAAACUGUGAGAACUGGUGGGAGGGUGUUUGAUUGAUCAUAUAAUUUUUAAUAGGCUAAGGCAGCAUAGAUCAGUGUGUGCCACCCUCAGGAAUAUAUCCACAAUGGCCUUCCUUUCCUGUGGGCAAAGUAUCCUCAGGAGAGGGUGCAAGUCCUCAUGAACGAAGGGUCUGCAACGUAAAGCCUUAAAAAGACAGACACACACACACCCUGAGAGAAAGAAUUGUAAAACCUUGAACAUUGUUAUUAUUUAUAUUUUUAAAGAUGAAAAAAGAUCAUUUUGUUUGUGUGCUAACCACUUAUUUGAUUCUGCUUUGUGGUGGACGUAGACAGUUAUGUUUGAGCUUUGUAUUUUGUGAAAACUUAAUGAAAAUGAAGAAUUCCAAAGACAGUUGUGUCAUGUUUGGAGAUUUUUUUUUUUUUCCUACACUCUAGAGCUGUCUGUUUUUGUUGUUUUAUUUUAACAUACAGUCUGCACUUAGAUGUGUUCAGCUGAGCAUACAGGAAUCCCAGUUUCCUUACCACUUUACUCUUACAUCAAGCAGGAAUACAUACAGCUUUCCCAGGAAGCAGCCUUUGUGCACCAUGGCUCCCUCCCCUCAUGCUCCGUGUCAUUAUUACUGUAGUCAAGCU